CCCCGAUCAAAUCAUCGACCAUUGAGCCUUGCAGCGGACCCGCAUGCUGACACCACUUGAGCAUGCUGAAUGCCAAUCGUCCUGGGAGGUUUCAAAGCAUUCCCAGGAGCCCCUUUGGUGCGCUUCGGGCAGCUGUGCGACCACCAUCGCGUGGAGGCACGGAAGGCUCUGCUUGCUCCACUCCGCGCAGAGCUGGAGGCGACGCGAAGGAGACGCGAAGUUACUCGCAGCUCCACCUGCGUCGCCCUCGAAGAGAACUUCCUCAGAAGUUUUCAGGUCCUGGCCCACGUGCGGAAGCCAUUGAACGCUUAAGAGCAGAGAUCUUUCCCGCAGCUUGGGAUGAACUGGGUGUCAUGGAGGCGGCCACAGCGCCAGAGGAGGCGGAACUGGAAUUGCUUCGACUUCGGCGGCGCUUGGCCACGACCCGACGGGAAUCCACAGCUGUUCGGCAGACGCUGCAUGAGGCGCUCCGAAGCAACGUGGAAAGUGCCAAACUGUGGAGCGCGAAUCGGGAACGUGUGGGAGACUUGUUGGAGGAGGAGCAAGCGAUUGAGGCAGUCUUGGAGGUGCACGAGUCGCGGCUGGUACGGAAUCUUCCCAGCGUUGGCUUGGAAGAGGAGGUGGAGGCCCUCCGUGAGGAGGUGGCUGAACAGGCCGAAGAUGUGCGAGUUCAGGCGGAAAAGCAAAUCCUGAAGAGCCGAAACUUGAAGAUCUUCAAAGCUUUGGCCAAGCUUCAGAAAGCUCGGCUGCGUGCCAAUGCUGCUGUAGCAGAAGCCAAAGGAUAUGCUAAAGACUUCGAGAUGAAGACUUCUCAACUCAAAGAAGCUGAGGAAUCCACAUGCGCCUUGCGUUUCAAAGCAACGAGCUUGAAAGAGGAGGUGGCACAGGCCAAAGCGGAGGCAGCAGGAAGCAACAAGCUUCCCAACCAGCUACUGCAGGUCCUCCAAAGCGAACUGAAGGCAGAGGAGCAGCGCUCGAAGAUUUGGCACAUGAUCGAUACAUCCCGCGAGAAGUCACAGGUGGCAAUUCGAGCCCAAAUGGAUCAGCUCUCCGAAAGCUUGAAGGCAGUGCAGGACUUGUCAGGGACCACUGCUGCAGAGCUUCAGGAUGCAGAGUCCAUGGCAGCCAGGGCGACCAGCAGGUUGAAGGCCGCGCAGAAGAGAGCUGCCCUGCUUGCAGCAGAGGCACGGCAUUUGGCCGCAUCCCAAGACUCCUUGGAGGCCGAGCUGCAGCGCCAGCGUGAUGCCACGAAAGCAUGGCAAAGCUGUGGGCAGAGCCCUUCCAGAUGGCAACAAGCCGAUGAGGCAUCCGAGACUUGCCGCUUGCUCGCCUGGAGAAAGAUGGUGCACUGUAACAGCUUACUGCUGCACUCGAUCCAACACUGCAAGAGCCAGUUCCUCCAGGGCAGUGCGCGCCUUAGAGCCCUGGUCUUCGCGGGCGACAAGAUUGGAUGGAUGAGCCCUGAAACGGGCUCCGGGGAUCACUUGCUGAAGCCGGUGAACCUGCUCAGCAGAAAGGUAGUGGACAUGCACAAGCAGACCUUGCGCUCAUCGGGCUCAGGUGUGCGCAAGUCCUAUCAGCAAGGUGGCAACAAUCCAUGGGAGGCCGGUGCAACCUACCGGAUGUUGGAGAAGACCCCCUUGCGGAGCGGCUCAGACCUGAAGAGCUCCGAAGUGGGCAAGGUCUCUGCUGGCAGGUUAGUGGCGGUCCAGGAAUCCAACAACGUCGAGAUCCAGGGCGGAUGGUGUCCGGUGGCCAACAUUGUGGUGCAGGAAGGUCCAGAGAAGGGCAAGUCUGGAUGGGUCCGGUGCACUGCCAAAGAUGGGCAUGAUGUGAUGGACACACGCGAUCACAAUGAGUACGACAAGAUCAUUCAAAAGAUGAGAGAGUCUGCUGGCACCAUUGCCGACCUCUCGGAAGACGCGCGGCCUGCGGAGAUACAGGCCAUGAACGUGAAGUUGGAACAGCAGAAGAAGGAGGCGCAAGCAAGAGCUGCAGAGAAGGAGGAGAAAGGACCUAGCCGUAGCAAUCCUCCUGAAGACACGGAUGCGGCCAUCAUCAGCCAGGAGCAAGAUCCUUUGGACUUCGAGCAAGAUAGGCCGCAGGACGAGAACGACAAGAAGGCAUCCUCUGCUGACCAGAUGGCAGCAGACUUUGCCGAGUUGACUGAAACCAUGCGGAAGCUUGAGGACUUUGAGCAGACCCAGGAUGAGGAUCGGCCUCAACCAGAAACCCGGGUGGAGAGAGUGGAGGAGGGCGCUGGCUGGUGCUUCUGUGGCUGCGGAAAAUGA